UAUUGAGCAGGGCAGGCAGCCUCCAGCCCAGCUAACGCUCGUACACAGGGCAACUGGCUCUCGUCAAAAUUCGGCCUAUAAACAUGCAUUUUUUUCACACUGACAGGCUCAGAUAGUUACAAUGAGUGUCCGACAACAUACUAGAAAGGAGAAAUUAACGUAUGUCUCUACCUUUAGCUGGAGAUCGCUGUUUGUUGUGAGCUGUGUCCAAAUCUCACCACGCUACAAAUCUCGUUCCGAAAUCUCGCGAUAACUCGCGACAAAACACCGGUGGAAAAACAGUUACCUGACUGAGGUGAAGAGAGAUGACUGAAGUGAUUUUCUGUUGGAUUACCGAAGACUGUUAUUUUAGUUUUAUAGAAAAGUUUGUUUGUUUGUCUGUCAUGGCUGAAUUUUUGCCUGAUGUGGACGACGUGGAUGAAAUUGCAUUUGAUUUUGAUGGCCGGCCGUAUCUAUUUGAGCCGGAGUACACAGAUGAAGAGCUUCAAGAAAUUGAAGAACGGACGAGGAGAGACGGAGUUGGGCAACAGGCAGAGGGCACGGAACCAGCUGCUGCAAGGCUGCGAAACACUGGAAACUGGUGGUGUUCCUGUGGGUGCUGUGUACCUUUGCCUACAGAGGAGGAAUGCCUCUGUUGCAGGGAAUGGGACCUUUUGCAGCCAGCUGUGUUUGGGGAUUACCCAGUGGACGGUACACAACGCUGUGUAACGUCAUCAGAGGAUUUCCCCUCCUUGAUCAACAGGGCAGUGCUAGAGACCUUCUUCCAUGUUCCCAAAAUCAACUGGAAGAGGCGGCCAAGACCACAGGGAGAAAACGGCCAGCUGUCUAUUGACCAAUGCAGACUAGUGGCUUACCGUGUGGUGCUGGAGUGGGCGCUCAGAGGAGAGCGUCUAGGUCGUGGCAAUAGGAGAGUGUUGCCUAGAUGUAUAGUUAUGGCUAUAAGAAGCAAGUACCCCUCUCCCACCGGCACUUACACUGGCUUCAACGAGGCAGAGGACAUCUUCAAUAUACUGUAAAUAUUUCUGUACACGUACAUAUCACUGUAAGAUUCAAUCUUUUACAAUAAAGUAAUAACAAUAGCACAGCUGUGUUUCUAU